UCACAUACAUAUAAACAAACAGUGUAUAUCGUGUAUAUAUACGAUGUGAUAGUCUUGUGUACUUUCUACCGCUUGGACUGUGUCGAGAUUUUUUUGUGAGAGAAGAGGCACCUCGUGUAUAUAAACACCUCAAAGGCUUUCGCUUCUUGAUAAGUGAAAAGCUACGGUGUUCGUGCUUCGUAAUCGGAAGACUUACCGGAAACCUAAUCGGAGCUUCAUCGCACAUCCAUCGACGACCGGUACCAAUCCAGUUCAGGUGAGUAAAAAGCAAGAAAGGAAGGAUAUUUUCUGUAUACAAAUCAAAAGUGAGCGGGACUGCCGUUUGGAGGACCAGAAAAUUGUCUUCCCUCACAAAGCUUUGCCGAGACUUUGAUUCCAAACCUACCCUUUUUCUUUUUACACUUCACUUCUUAUUUAAUAUACAAUCAGCCUCUGGAUUCUCUCUCUUCUUCUUUGGAUUCGGUUUGGUGGGUGAGUAAUGGGAAUGAAAGUUGCGACGACCUGUUUGCAGUGGUCGCAACCCUCUGUUCCUCAAUCACCUCCAUUUUCCCAAACCUUGGCCUCUGCAAUCUCAUCCCCUUCUUCAAAAAGACGGUGUAUAACCGAUGGGGCUCUCUUGUGCCGGUACGUCCACAGACUGGACCGAUCAGUUCUGUUCGGAACCGCAUCUACGAAGCUCCACAGGUCUCGAUCUUGGGAACACCCAAAAUCGAGACGCCAAACAAUCAAACGGGCUUGCAGUGCCUGCUUAGACGCAUUUUCAGAUGAAGAAUUCUCCAAAAAAAUCCAAGAAAUGGCACUGAAGUUCCAGUUAUCCGAACAUGAUGAAGAAAACACAGAGAAUGCUCUUGUUGAUUCAAUAGAUACAGAAAGCAAGAUCACUGAAGACAUUGACAAUAGCAGCAACAAUUUUGUGGAUGGUAAAAAAUUUCCAAGUUCAAAGCUGGACCCUGUUGAGCCACCGCAUUGGGUGGGUUGGGAUGAGAUAAUUCCGGCGAGUAUAGAGCGGAAGGCGAACAGUGUUGACCUUCCGCUCUCUCUACGGAUAAUCAAAAGGAAGAAACAAUGGCAGGAGGGUUUUAGAGAAGCAGGGGAGUCGGCGUACUGCUCCGUAAAGAAAGCCUUUUCGUCUAUGGUGUUCAUAAUCCAAGAGCUCCAAAGCUAUACUUUGCAAAUGAGGGAGUUAUUGUUCUACCAAGAUUUACAAGGGAUCUUGGGUCGAGUACAGAAGGAGAUGCAAGCGUCUUUUGUGUGGUUGUUUCAACAAGUAUUUUCGCAUACACCCACUUUAAUGGUGUAUGUGAUGUUACUUUUAGCCAAUUAUAGUGUGCAUUCCAUGGCUACUAACACCGCCAUCGCCGCCACACUGCCACCGCAAGCCUAUGCAGCUACGACGGAGUGUGUUUCUGUAAUGGAAGAUCAGAAGAAGCAGCAAAAGUUUGAUUCUUCCACAACUAAGACGUUUUCAGUGUCUUCUUCAAGUGGAAAGACUACCUCAAUUGGUGGAAGAAACGGCAGUGGUGGUGGGAAAUUCAAGGCGGUUGCUAGUGGAACAGAUGGUGAUGGUGGGUUUGAUGGGUCGGUCUCUUCGGAAUUUCAUCGAACAAUUAUUCCUGAUGGAGUGUCAUCUAUUGGGACUUCAAGAACAAGUGAAGAAGAGUCUGUUUCUGCGCAAGUGACCAGAGAAGAAGAGGUGAGGCUAUGGAAUUCGAUUGUGGAAGAAGCUUCAAAAUUGCAGGCCGUGUUGAAAAAUGAUGCCUUGGAUCAUGAGACGAUGCAGAGAUUUGUUUCACCGAUCAAUGCGAAGAUUGAAGAUGAUGAUUAUGCGGAUUAUAUUAGAACAGAACUUCUAUAUCAAACAGGGUUAGUUCAAGAGCCCAAUAACCCUCUUCUCCUGGCCAAUUAUGCUCAAUUCCUCUACCUUGUCCUCCGUGACUACGACAGGGCUGAGGAUUACUUCAAGAGGGCGGUGCAAGUGGAGCCUAAGGAUGCUGAAGCAUUGAACAAGUAUGCAAGCUUCCUAUGGCAAGUGAGGAAGGACCUUUGGGCUGCCGAAGAGACAUACUUGGAAGCCAUCUCUGCUGACCCCAGUAACUCUUACUAUGCUGCUAAUUAUGCUCAUUUUCUUUGGAGCACCGGCGGCGAGGACACCUGUUUCCCUCUCAGCUCCCCUGACACCACCACCACCACCGACGCCUAAUCCAAACAAAUAAAAGGUAAAAGGAAAAAGGAAAAAAAAAAAUUACGAAAACCACUUCCCCCUAAAGACUUGUUGAUCAACCCUCUUUACCCAAUAAUCAAUUAUCAACUAUAAUAAAACAAAGAGAAAAAAGAAGGAAAGAAAACAGAAAUUUCCGCAUUGAAAUUUCUUUUCUUGAGCCUCUCUUGACUUUUCUUCUUAUUUUGAGUGGGGAAGUUGAGAAAGUAGGAGUUUACUGGUGGGGUUUGCAAAUAUGGACAUGGAAAGGGGCGAGACAGAAACUUAUGGCCACAACUGCAAUAUGUUUGGCAACUUUUGGUAUCUUCAAUAUUUUCCAGAGAUCUCUCAGUCCCAGCACUAUACUAUUUUCAAGCCAGAAAGAGGAAGCUUUGCAAUUUGUUUUUGCUGUGCACAGUUUUUUUUUUUAUGUGUUUUAUUUCCCCUCAUAAUUCUCUUGUAACACAAUCACAUGGCCAAAUUGUAGUUGAAGUUUUGUUAGUACAUUGAUGCCAAUUUUUUGCAAUUUCUAAGAGUUGUCGAAGAAUUAUAAAAAAACUAUAAGGGUAGCUCAAGUUGUAAUAGAGAUGAACUGUGAACUCAGACAUUUUGAAUUUGAAUCUUAAAAAUUCUUUUGAGUCAGGUUGUAAGAGAUUUAUUCAAUAUGAAUUCC